AUGCUGAGCUCCAAAAACUUGUUGCUUAAACCCAAAAACAGAAAAAGAAAACACCCUCAUAAAUUAGAUUCCAAGAAACAACAUUUUAUUGCGAAAAAACAGAACUUGGUUCUCAAGAAUGAAGAAUCUGAAGAAGAAAAAGUAUAUGAAGCAGAAGGAGACGGAGAGGAUGGUAAUUUCAGCUUGAAGGGCUCGGCUCAAUCACACUCCCACGGGGUCCAACCAUUAGGAAAUCUUUACUUCAGCGCUUCAUCCUACAAUUCAAGAAACACCGGCCUCGGUAAAUUACAAACCCUUACAGAUGAACUCGUUCUUGACAUUAUUGGUCUUUUGGGUGGGUCAGAUUUGGGUAUUUUAUCAACUGUAAGCAAAUCUUUCUAUGUUUUCUGUAACCACGAGCCUCUCUGGAGGAACCUUGUUUUGGAAACUUAUAAAGGUGGGUUCUUGUAUAAUGGGUCUUGGAGGAACACUUUUGUUUGUGCAUACAAGCCUUCAUGUGAUAAUGUUAUGAGUGCUGGAAUUAAAGUUAGGGAUUUUUAUUCUGAUUACUUGUUUCAAAGUUGGCUCUGUGCUAACCUUGAAAUGAAACCUGAAUGGCUUGAGAGGGAUACUAUAGUGAGGAAAAGGGGGAUUUCUGUUGAGGAGUUUGUGUUGAAUUUUGAGGAACCAAAUAAGCCAGUAUUGUUGGAAGGAUGUUUGGAUAAUUGGGCUGCAUUGAAGCAGUGGGACAGGGAAUAUUUGGUCAAGGUUUGUGGUGAUGUCCGGUUUUCAGUUGGGCCAGUGGAGAUGAAGCUGGAGGACUUUUUUAAGUACUCUGAUCAAGUGAGAGAGGAGAGGCCAUUGUAUCUUUUUGACCCAAAGUUUGCAGAGAAAGUUCCGCAGUUGGAUAUGGAUUAUGAAGUGCCAACAUACUUUAAUGAGGAUUUAUUUCAUGUUUUGGGCAACGAGAGGCCAGAUUAUAGGUGGAUUAUAAUUGGACCUGCAGGGUCAGGGUCGUCUUUCCACAUUGAUCCUAAUUCUACAUCUGCUUGGAAUGCAGUGGUUAAAGGGUCCAAGAAAUGGGUGCUGUUCCCCCCCGAUGCUGUACCGCCUGGGGUGUAUCCGAGCCCUGAUGGUGCAGAAGUCGCAUGUCCUGUUUCUAUAACUGAGUGGUUUAUGAACUUUUAUAAUGCUACUAAAAGUUGGAAGAAAAGACCCGUUGAGUGUGUUUGCAAGGCAGGAGAAGUGAUCUUUGUGCCUAGUGGAUGGUGGCAUUUGGUUAUUAACCUAGAAUAUUCUGUUGCCAUUACACAAAAUUAUGUUAGCAGGAGGAAUUUAUUGAAUGUUUUGGACUUCCUAAAGCGGCCUAAUGCUUGCACUCUUGUGUCUGGAACAAGAGAUCGAGUGAAUUUGCACGACAAAUUUAAGAAUGCCAUCGAGUCGUCUCUACCUGGAACCAUUGACCAGUUGAUACUGAAAGCAGAGGAGAAAAAGAUGCAGCAAAAGAAGCUUUCAUUCUGGGAUUCAGCAACGGAUUCUAAGGCGGGUCCCAAAAGUUUGGGGAACAAUGGCUUCUUACAAUCUGUCACCAAUGCGGUUUGGAAAACCCAUCAACCAGAGACCCUUCCGGCCCCGAAUGGUAAAAAUGAAAGCUCAGUGAAUUCAGAGGGUAAAGGUUCUGGUUUGACUCAGCCUAAGUUGGAUGGGCCAAACACUCCGCCCACACCUCUAAAAAUUGCCAGCGAGGGUGCCAAACCACCGGAGCCCCAAAUACCCACAAGCAAUGCUGAUGAAACUAAGCCGGUAGAGGGGACAAAACAGAAUAAGGUUAAUCACGUUAAGAGAUUAUCUAGUAUGGGCCUACAAGUUGAAUCAGUUUUACAGAGAAAGACCGAGAAUUUGAAGGAGAUAUAUAGUUUGGGAAGGAAGUUGGGACAAGGGCAAUUUGGAACGACGUUUUUAUGUGUGGAGAAGGAAACGGGGAAAGAAUUUGCAUGCAAAUCAAUUGCUAAGAGGAAGUUGACUACUGAGGAGGAUGUAGAGGAUGUUAGGAGGGAGAUCCAGAUAAUGCAUCACUUGGCCGGACACCCUAAUGUGAUAUCUAUUAUAGGAGCUUAUGAGGAUGCAGUUGCAGUUCAUGUCGUGAUGGAGCUAUGUGCAGGUGGGGAGCUUUUUGAUAGGAUAGUGCAGAGGGGGCACUACACAGAAAGAAAGGCUGCUAAUCUUGCUCGGACAAUAGUUGGUGUUGUAGAAGCCUGUCAUUCCUUAGGGGUUAUGCAUAGAGACUUGAAACCGGAGAACUUUCUUUUCGUUAAUGAGGAAGAAGAGUCAUCACUUAAGGCCAUUGACUUUGGGCUCUCAAUGUUCUUCAGGCCAGGUGAAACAUUCAACGAUGUGGUUGGAAGCCCUUACUACGUGGCUCCAGAGGUAUUGCGGAAGCAUUAUGGUCCAGAAUGUGACAUUUGGAGUGCUGGAGUUAUCAUAUAUAUUUUGCUAAGUGGGGUCCCACCAUUUUGGGAUGAAACGGAACAAGGGAUAUUUGAGCAGGUUUUGAAAGGAGAUCUUGAUUUUGCAUCAGAACCCUGGCCUAGUGUAUCUGAUAGUGCAAAAGAUCUUGUUAGAAGAAUGCUUGUACGAGAUCCAAAGAAGCGACUGACGGCCCAUCAAGUUCUAUGUCAUCCAUGGGUACAAGUUGAUGGUGUAGCUCUAGAUAAGCCUCUCGAUUCUGCUGUUCUAUCUCGUCUAAAGCAAUUUUCUGCCAUGAAUAAACUCAAAAAGAUAGUUAUCAGAGUUAUUGCUGAAAGUCUUUCUGAGGAAGAAAUUGCAGGUUUAAAAGAAAUGUUUAAAAUGAUUGAUGUGGAUAAUAGCGGACAAAUAACCUUAGAAGAGCUGAAAAAUGGUUUAGUAAGAGUGGGUUCCAAUCUUAAAGAUUCGGAAAUAACGAGUCUUAUGCAAGCUGCUGAUAUUGACAAUAGCGGAACUAUAGACUACGGGGAGUUUGUAGCAGCAAUGCUCCACCUGAACAAAAUCCAAAAAGAGGAUCACAUGUUUGCAGCUUUUUCGUAUUUUGACAAAGAUGGGAGUGGGUACAUUACACCAGAUGAGCUUCAACAGGCUUGUGAGCAAUUUGGUUUGGGGGAUGUUCACCUAGAAGAAAUAAUCCAGGAAGUUGAUCAAGAUAAUGACGGUCGGAUUGAUUAUAGUGAGUUUGUGGCCAUGAUGCAAGAUACUGAUUUUGGAAAGAAGGAUUUGCAGAAAGUAUGA